AUGAAUGAAUAUGGAAGAAUGUUGGAAGUAGAAGGAGAGGAAAUGGAAGAAUCACAAGAAAAGCUUCCGCAAGCCCACUUUGUUCACCAAGUUACUCAGGAUAGGGCGAUGCGCAGCUUUGGGACAACAAGAUGUUCGGAAGACUGGACGGCGGUGCGUACAAAAGUGAAAGAGGACAAAGAGCCGAGACGAUGACGGGAGUGCAGCUCGGGGCCGGCACCGCGGAUGCAGCCGCGGCGUUGCGGACGGCGGCGCAGUGUGACAAUUAGAUGCAAGUCUUCCGCAAAUCCUCUCCGUUUUAAUAAGAUGAAUAAAGGCUGAGAGUUAUAAAGGCCGAACUGACGAGAUUUCACCCGACUCGCGUCUUGCGUCCAUAGAUCCCACGUACGUGAAAGGCAGUCCACACGUCCAGGUGUCCGAGCCCCGACCGGCAACAGG